AUGGCAUCCUCCUCCCCGACCGCGACCGCGACCGGGAUGGUCGGCAAGCCCGAGCUCCUUCGCUGGGCCUCCGUCGUCGCCGGAUGCCGCGUGGGCUCGUUCGCGGAGCUGCGCGACGGCGCGGUCCUGCUCCGAUGCGUCGCUCGGACGUGGCCCGCGGGGAUGCGCGCGACGCGCGACGUCGACGCCAUGGCGCAUCGGGUUAGAGGCUCCUCGGACGCCAACUUCGAGCGCAUCGUCCGCGUGUUCGACGCCGUCGGCGUCCCGAGGGCGGUCCUCGACGUCGGCGGCGUGCGCAGAGCGACGUUUCGCGCGUGCUACAACGUCCUCGUCGCGUGCUUCUUCCUGUGCAAUCUCGCGCGCCGAAGGGACUUCAGCGUGGACUUCACGCACCCCGUGGACGCGAAGAUCGCGGCGUUCUUGCAAGCGCCGGAGUCGGUCGCGUCGCUCGCGAAGGGCGGCGCGCUCGGCGGGCCCGGCGGAGGGAGGACCAGGACGAGGGCCGAGAAGGACGACGACGACGACGCGAACGAUGCGAACGAUGCGCGCCCCGACGAGUUGAAGAAUCGCGACGCGAAGGACUCUUCUACCUCGACGACGGACGAGGAGGAGCACGCGCCGCGUCCGAACGCCGCCGACCGCGCACACGUCGAUCCUCGACAGCGACCGCGACCGCGUCGGAGCGGCGACGCGGCCGGAAGCGCGGACGAGAACGCGGAUGGACCGCCGCCGUCGGGGGAGCGUCGGGUGCGUUCUAUCUCACACUGGUCCCCAUACGACCGCGUUCGCGUGGUGAACGCCAUUCCUUAA